UUGUAUGAAAAAAGGAUUUUCGCGACUGGAACUGUACGUAGAAACAGAAUAGAACUUCCUAAUUUUAUAAAAAAGAAAAAGGGAAAGAAGGCAAGCCAAAAACUAAAUAAGGGAGAGUACAGAUGGAGAGUAAAAGAUAAUGUUUCAUUUGUUGUGUGGCAAGACACGAAAGAAGUUCUUAUCUUGAGCAAUGUAUUUCAUCCGCAAAUAGAAAGAACAACUGUAAAUCGAACACAGAAAGAUGGCUCCAAUUUAGCUAUAAGUUGCCCAUUGACAGUAAGAGAAUAUACAAAGAGAAUGGGGGGAGUAGACAAAUUUGACCAGGUUAAAAGUACGUAUUCUGUUAGCAGAAGAAGUAAGAAGUGGUGGCGAAGAAUAUUUUAUUUUUUGGUAGAUGCCAGCAUUACCAAUGCAUACCUGCUUUAUAAACAAAAUAAAAGAGCAAGUCAACUGUCACACCUUGAAUUUCACGUGGCUUUAGGAAGAGGCCUUGUUGGAAAAUAUUCCAGCCGUAAACGAAGAGCUUCCAGCAUGGCCAACUAUGUGAAUAGAAAAAAAGUAUUGUCAGAAAACUACCAAAAAGCAGUGGGUAGUGUACCACUUGAGAAACGGUUUGAAAAUGUUGGGACACAUAUGCCAGUUGAAUCACCAUCUUACAGGCGUUGCAAAUUAUGUUCCACAAAGACGCAUGACAAGAGAACGAAAAUAAUGUGCAGAAUUUGCGCCGUACCACUCUGCGUGGUUCCAUGCUUUGCAAAUUUUCAUACACAGUAA